AUCGUAAGUUUGUUUCAAACAUGGCUGAAACAACAGGAGAGGAGGCGCAGGGAGGAUUUUAUUUCCAGAAAGAAAGAAUAAAAUACACCCCGGAGGAAGAGGCCAAGCUGGAAAAGCAGCAUUUCUGGAGAAUAGUUGAUGCUUUUAGGUUUUACAGGGCCCAUCUCCAGGAGCAGGUCAAGCGGGCAGAGCGUCAGUUUCGCAGCCUUCCACAAGCCCACCAGGACCUGGUGCCGGGGGUUCUGUCUAACCUGGCCCGGAUCAGCCGCUGCGCUGAACACAACCAGGAGGUUCUGCAGGCCAUCAUUCACAACAGCCUGCACAUGUUUGAAAACAUGGAGUAUGGCGAGCAGCCUGAGGAUCCAAGGACGGGGCAUCCAUCCUCUACAUUUGACAUGGACAAACUCAAGUCGACCAUAAAGCAGUUUGUUAGAGACUGGAGCGAAGUGGGCCAGACUGAAAGAGACUCCUGCUACAGACCCAUCGUCCUAGAGAUCCAGAGACUCUUCCCAAGUGAUCAAUAUGAUGUGUCUAAGGUGAGCGUGCUGGUACCGGGUGCUGGGCUUGGUCGGCUCGCCUGGGAGAUAGCUCAGCUAGGUUACACGUGUCAGGGCAACGAAUGGAGCUUCUUCAUGCUUUUCUCAUCAAACUUUGUCCUUAAUAGGUGUGAAAAGGUGAACGCUCUGAGCCUGUACCCCUGGAUCCACCAUUUCAGCAACAACAAGAAAUCUGCAGAUCAGACACGGAUGAUACGAUUCCCUGAUGUUAAUCCGCAGAGCCUGCCACUAAAUUCGGACUUUUCUAUGGUAGCAGGGGAUUUUGUGGAGGUUUACACUGAUCCAGAGUCUUGGAGCUGUGUGGCAACAUGCUUCUUUAUUGACACAGCUCACAAUGUCUUGGAGUAUCUGGACACAAUCUGGAAGAUUCUUAAGCCAGGAGGAGUAUGGGUCAACCUGGGCCCACUGCUGUAUCACUUUGAGAACAUGGCCAACGAGCUCUCCAUUGAACUCAGCUAUGAAGACAUUAGGACAGCAAUGGUGAGGAAAGGCUUCUUCAUUGAGAUGGAAAAACAGUCUGUACAGACCACCUACACAGAGAAUGACCGUUCUAUGCUGAGAUACGUUUAUGACUGUGUCUUCUUUGUCGCGCGCAAACCUGCAAAGCAACACUUUAAUAGACAUGGCGAGGACCAAUGGCAAAGCUCUCCACCAGCCGCCAAGUCACCACGACAAGAAGCCUCCGAGAGACUAACGUGACAUGAAGUCCUAUCACAAAAAAGGGAUUUUAGAGGAGCACAACCUUUUAAAUGGACAGAAAAGAUUAAGUUGGCAAAAUGAAAACUAACACAAACGGGAAAAGAAAUGGACAUACUUUUCUUUUUUGCCAAAUAUGUAUUUUAGGUUUUUGCUGAAGAAUACGCUCAACUCCAUAGGCCUUAUUUUUGAGGGCCAUCCUAAGUAUCUCAAAAUAGCUUAAUGUGUAAAAUAUAAUAUGAAGUAUUGCAUCACUGCAUUGUAUGUUUUGAAAAGGAAAAAAAAAACGACUGAGAUUCUCUGGUGGGACUUCAAUUUGCAAUGGCUGCUGUUAUGUUUUAGUAAUUUGCGUAUCAACUUCAAGCCAUGAGGGCUUCACCUCUUUUAUUAAAGUCUACACAGUUUUAAACAUUUUUAUAUUCACUGACUUCGACUGCCAAAAGGUUUGUGUACAUGUGUAUGCGUGAAUGACUGAACAUUUUGAAAUCUAUUUAUUUGUUCCUUGUGCCAAUCGUAACAUCUUCUAAUUUCCACACACAGGGGCACACAGUCUGUUUUUAUUAUUUAACUUGUAAAGCAAAGGUUUGUGUGAGGCUGUCUUAGUCUUUAUGUUACCUGUUCUUUUAGCACUGGACUUUUGGGAGUUUCCAGGGUUUCAAGACGGCUCUAGCAGCCACAGAGACACCCACCAUGAUCACAGAGAACUGCUCUUGAAAUAAUAAGUAUUUGUUACCUGUCUCCCAGUAGACACAGUUCUGGAGAUAAUGGAAGUGCUAUAAGCCAGCUGCUAAAAACAUCUACAAUUCGGCGCUAGAAAGGCUGAAUAAGUGAACACUCCCAGAAAUGGUGAAUAAAGUACCUCUGUCCUUUGAAAUUACUGUUAAAAGUUUGUUACCCUCUUCUGAGGAAAAGUAAAUGCACCUAAAUGCUACGUGAGGUAGGGAUAAUGAUGGGGAGGCUGGAUGAUUGUACUCUUAUGAGUCUGUAAUGUCAGUAUUUUGUAGGAAGAUUUGAGUUGGUGAUGGCACCAAAUGUCCAAAUAAAUAGUCUCAAAUACAUACGUUUUUUUUUUGUCUUUGUAUAAACGUGAAUUUCGAGCUAAGCACU